AUGGAUUCGGAUGAUGAUAGUUCAGAUCCAAUCCGUAUAAUGGACCAGGAUAAUGAUUUUUUCGUUGAUAGUUCAAUUAAAGGAAAAAUGAAGCGAUUCUUUUACAAAUUAUGGAAUGGUCCUACCGUUCCAGAAGAUAACCCACCACGUCGGAUCCAGGUAUUUUUGAAGGUGGAAGAAUUCCCUGAAAAAUUCAAUAACAGCAUUUCGAAAUCUAUCCGAGUCACAGGCCUCAUAUUAUAUUUAAGUCUUUGGUUUCUUGUGUGCUAUAACAUUUUGGUUCCAUACAUGACCAUACCGCCAGGUAUGUCAAAUAACUCCAAUAUAACUGUAAUUCCACUAUCAUGUCAAUCACAAUCACACUUUUGGAGAGGUAAAAAUGGUGCAUGUGGAUUAAAUGGAGAAUUAUGCCCUUCGUUCGAUAAGGAUGAAAAUGAAGUAAUAUUUCGGUGCCCAGCUCUUUGUGAUAGGAACAGUUGGACAUAUUCAUUGAUACCUAUCGGUGAUCAACGGGUCAAAUAUAGAGGGUAUUUCGUAGGUGGUGGUGAAGAUCCGGAACAGCAUGCUACUGAAACAUUAUCCAAACCGUAUAGAGCUGACUCGUACCCAUGUGGUGCAGCUAUCCAUGCUGGUGUUUUGUCACCAUUUUUCGGAGGUUGUGCCAGAAUAUCAUACUCAAAGAAUGGAGAGCUGUAUUUUCCUUCUGCUCCGGGUCAUUAUGGAGUUGGUGAAUCUAUUCCCUUUCUAUCAUUUUUUCAAUCAUCUUAUUAUUUUAAAAAAUUAGUAAGUGGUAAUGAUAGCUCUGGUGGCUUCUCUCACUGUUAUGAUCCAAGAUUACUAGUAUUGGUUAUUAAUAUUAUCUUAGGGAUACCAAUUGUAUAUUUGGCUAGUGGAGCUGCUACGUUUUGGAUCAUAAAUUUUGUUGGAUUUUGGACCAUAUGUUUAGCCACCGAUCCACCAUAUACGGUGAAUGCCAGAGAUCAUGAUAGUUUUUCAAAUUUGCUUUCAAUUGGUCUUGAGAGAUUUUUACCGUCAUCAUUCAUUUUGUAUGUCUUGUGGCAUGCCUCUGUUAAAAGAACUUUGUCUGAUCCACCUCCAGAAUUAAAUGCAAAGUCAUCUCCAUUAAGUAAGCUAAUAUUAUGGUACCCACUCUUUUGGCUUGGAGUUUUAAACAAUAUUACAUUCGACAGGUUGCCAGUAGAUAGACUAACGAUUCUGGAUCUCAAGGAACAGGCUGGGGCAUUAAUAGCGGUAUCAUCUAUCAUAACUACUAUAGGUACAUGUGCUUUUAUACAAGCCUACAAGAUCUGGCUAUCUGGAAGGUUUAGAAAGUACUUGGUCAUUUAUGUUUCCUUUAUCCUAGGAUUGGUUUUUCUAGCACAAUUACCUGGUUUGACCCUACGUAUACAUCACUAUAUAUUAGCAAUGCUUUUAAUUCCUGGAUGUGCUACGAGAGGAAGAACAGCAUUAGCAUUCCAGGGUAUUUUAUUAGGAUUAUUCCUUUCCGGAUCUUCUAGAUGGGGUUUGGCUUCAAUUGCAGAAACCAUAGAUUCCUUAAAAAGAGAUGAUCCAAAAGGAAAGAUUCUUCCGCCUGAAUUCACAGGAUUCAAUAUUACGUCUGGAAUUUUAGACUGGAAAUUCGCUGAUACCUCAUCAAUGAAUUCGAUAGAACAAGUCGUGAAUAAUAAAUUCAACGGGGUAUCUUUACUUAUAAAUGAUAUCGAACGUUACGUUGGUGAUCGAGCUGAAUCGUUAAACUUGGUAGAUUUAUUUAAAAAAUCAACUGAUUUGAAGAAUUCUAUAAAGAAUGCAUUAAAGAACGGCUAUACAGAUAAAGACGGAAACAUUCUCAUGUACUUACGGAUUGGUAAAAAGGUAUUAGGAAGUGAAGCAUAUAGCGAUUUUUCUAACGCUGGCGUCCUCAAAUGGCCAAGUGGGGAAUUUACUAAACCUCAGCCAGGUGUUACUUAA